UCCCAAGGGCGGGAUUCAUAACCUGACCUAGGAAGUAUGCGCAGGCAGCACUUAGACCACCAGGCCCUGAGCCGUUGUCAGCCACUUGACACCCAGUGGCCGACUCCACGUGUUGCUGCGGACUUUCUUCUCAGCCGAGUCUCCGUGUAUCAAGUGGCCCAGUGCGUGUACAUUACCUGUGCAUAAAUCUUAGAUUCACUCUACGAUCAAUUCCGGCUUCAGCCUUAUCAAGGUCUUUAUCAAGGUCGCUAAGAACAAAACUCUUAGAGUCGGCUGCGUUCUGCUAUCCGUCCAUAAAAUCUCCGUUCGUCCGUGCACAAUAUGGGUUCCAUUCGUUAGACUGCUUACACAGGGUACAUCCGAAGUUCGAACCUUAUCCGGCUGGGUCGAACGAGCUUGCGUCCCAUCCAGCUGUAGCGGCCGGCAGUUCGUUUGGCAAAGCCACCAGCUUCUACCACUGUAGCAGCAGCUGGCACGCUCGUCAUCGUCCACCGGGCCGAUCCUACGGCUGUAGCGUCGUUUGACGUAGCGGCUAGCUUCUGCUGGCUGUAGCAGCAGCGAGUAGACUCCUCGGCGAGUACCCGAUUGUUGCUACUGCUGUAGCUGCGGUUGCGGUAGCCAGCAGAGACAGUCUUGUCAGCUGUAGCGGUAGUGUCGGCUUUAACAAGCUUGACUUCGCGGAGUUAUCGCUGUGGGUGUAAAAGCUGCUACAGCAGCAGCAGCAGCAGCACCACCACCAGCAGGAGGAGGAGCUAUAACGAUGGAGCAGCUCCUUACGAGUGAACAGCGGGAGGUGCUUAUAGCGGUGGAUGGAAGCGACUGUUCAGAGCUCGCGUUCAACUGGGCUUUAAGGAACUACUGCAAGCCGCAGGACCACGUGCGACUCAUCCAUGUCCGGAAAUCAUUCGCUGACAUGGAGGGGAAACUCCCUGCAGACGCCAUAGAGACGUUGGAGCAGCAGUCGGAGGCAGCAGCGCGGGUUAUAGUGGAGAAGUACAUGAAGAAAUGCGCCGUGGCGGAUCUGGACUGCGACUGGAAGAUAGCGGUGGGGGAUGAGCGCGAGGUGAUCUGCAGGGAAGUGAUGAGAGUGUGUGCAGACGUGCUAAUAGUGGGCACGCGGGGGCUAUCUCCAGUCAAGAAGGCUCUGCUUGGCUCUGUUAGCGAAUACUGCGCACACCACAGCGCUUGCCCUGUGAUUAUUGUCAAGGCGAAGGAGCCCAAGCCGAACGCAUAGGUGGAUGGAUGGAUGGUUAGUUCUUGCUGUGAUGCGCAACGCAUACCAUAUAGUAACAUACCAAAUCAUCACGUACAGUACAACAUUUCUGUGUACAACAUUUUACCAUGUAGAGGAACAUCAACAAUUCAUUCAU